AUGCUUACUUUCGCUGAUAGGCUUAACGCCCAGGUUGCCGAUUCUGCAGUCGGACGAUGGUUUCGCUUGGAGGGCUCUGGCCAUGCCCGUGAGCGCGAAGGUUCACGUUUUAUGACCGACAUUCGUGCAGGUAUAACGACCUGGGCGGCCAUGGCGUACAUCAUUUCUGUCAAUGCUUCAAUCGUAUCUGACUCUGGCGGAACUUGCGUCUGUGAAGCCGCCAAUAACUGCGCCACUGAUCCGACAUAUCUCCAAUGUGUCCAAGAGGUGAAACAAGAUCUCAUCACUUCCACAGCAGCCAUGUCCGCUCUCGCAUCAGUUUUAAUGGGUGCCCUUGCGAAUUUGCCUGUCGGUAUGGCUCCAGGGAUGGGACUUAAUGCCUAUUUCACAUACUCUGUCGUUGGUUAUCACGGCAGCGGGUUUAUCACUUACCGAGAAGCACUCUCUGCUGUCUUCUUGGAAGGAUGGAUAUUCUUCAUCUUGUCCCUUCUAGGCUUACGUCAAUGGCUUGCUCGCAUCAUGCCACAAUCCCUUGUCCUUGCUGUAGGUGCUGGUAUCGGAUUGUACAUUGCGUUCAUUGGACUAACAUCUGGCGGCUUGAACGUGAUUGGAGGCGACCCGACCAACUUGGUCGGCCUUGGUGGCUGUCUCGAGUCAGAUUGGUUGGAAGGUCUACCAUAUUACUGUGGUACUAAAGUUCUACAGAGUCCUACCGUAUGGCUUGGUGUCUUUACCGGCGGUAUCCUCACGAUCUUAUUGAUGCUUUAUCGUGUCAAGGGAUCUCUCCUAAUCGGUAUCUUCAUCACUUCCAUUAUCUCUUGGCCGCGAAACACCUCUGUCACAUAUUUCCCACACGACGCCGCUGGUGAUCAGCUGUUCGACUUUUUCAAGCAGGUUGUUACUUGGCAUCCCUUGCAACACAUCGGUAAUGCACUAGAUUAUCACUAUAGUAAUGGAAAGGUGUGGUAUGCACUUAUAACCUUCCUUUAUGUGGAUAUCUUGGAUACCACCGGUACUCUUUACUCUAUGGUUAAAUUUGCUGGUCUUCGUGAUCCCGUCACCCUUGAUUUUGAAAACUCUACCAUCGCAUACUGUGUCGAUGCCUUCUCUAUCUCCAUGGGUGCACUCGCGGGCACAAGUCCCGUCACGGCAUUUAUUGAGAGUGCCACUGGUAUUGCUGAGGGUGGCAAGACUGGUAUCACUGCAAUCGUCACUGGACUCCUCUUCUUUGUCUCCGUCUUCUUCGCGCCCAUCUUUGCUUCCAUUCCACCCUGGGCUACUGGUGGCGCGCUCGUCGUUGUCGGCUCGCUCAUGAUCCGCAAUGUUCGUGACAUUAACUGGGACUAUGUCGGCGAUGCUGUCCCUGCUUUCCUCACCAUCCUAUUUAUCCCUCUGUCAUACAACAUUGCGUAUGGUGUCAUUGUCGGCAUAUUCUCCUAUGUCCUUAUCAACGGCUUCGUAUGGAUCGUCGCCAAGAUCUCCAACAAUGCAAUCAUGCCACCCAACUAUGACGCAUCCGAGCCCUGGGUCAUCCCUCCCGGCGGCAUCGUGCCCACCUGGAUCAAGAUCUUGCUUAACCGCAACACCCGUGUCGUCGAUGAGGCGCCCUCAGAAUACGCAUUCCAGGUGCGCCAACGCCACUCGAACAUCUCAGUCGACACGACAUCGCAAGACAACCCUGUGACGCCCAGGAAGUUGACCUUCUCGUAUGAAAAGUAA